GUCAAGAGCCCGGGGUCCUCGGCGCCCGCUUCCCGCUCCUAUAAAGGCUGACGCCGCGCGGCGUUGCUGGAGUGGCCUUGUCCUCCUCGUACCUCCUCUGUUGCCUGCGACCGGCAGCCUCGGGCCCGCGGUCUUGAGACCGAGCACCAUGCCUUCGAUAAAGUUGCAGAGUUCUGAUGGAGAGAUAUUUGAAGUUGAUGUAGAAAUUGCCAAACAGUCUGUGACUAUCAAGACCAUGCUGGAAGAUUUGGGAAUGGAUGAUGAGGGAGAUGAUGAUCCUGUUCCUUUACCAAAUGUUAAUGCAGCAAUUCUAAAAAAGGUCAUUCAGUGGUGCACCCAUCACAAGGAUGACCCUCCUCCUCCUGAGGAUGAUGAGAACAAAGAAAAGCGGACAGAUGAUAUUCCUGUUUGGGACCAAGAAUUCCUGAAAGUUGACCAAGGAACACUUUUCGAACUUAUUCUGGCUGCAAACUACUUAGACAUCAAAGGUUUGCUUGAUGUCACAUGCAAGACUGUGGCCAAUAUGAUUAAGGGGAAAACUCCUGAGGAGAUUCGUAAAACCUUCAAUAUCAAAAAUGACUUUACUGAAGAGGAAGAGGCCCAGGUACGCAAAGAGAACCAGUGGUGUGAAGAGAAGUGAAGUGCUGUCCCUGACACUGUUAACACUAGAAGGGUUGUUCCAAAUGCUAGUUGCACUGCUCUGUUUAUAAUUGUUAAUAUUAGAACAGUAGACAAACGCAGUCUCGUCCUCACUGCAUGUGUAGUUCCAGUACAGAUCUGACCUAUGGCUGAGUUUCUUCUAUGAGCAAAAGUUCUUUUGUUUUAGUUUUUUUCAGUAUUCUGAAUAAAACUGAACUUUUGGGUUCUCUGUGGAAAGUGGCAUUUUGGGCUUUCCCUCUUUCUGUAAAGUGAUUUCUGCCUAGUUCAUUGUCCAGUUAACUUUAGUGAGCCUUUGAAAGUUGGCAUUGUAAAUAAAACAACUUAUGAGAAGUAUUCUGAAAUAGAAUUAAUAAAACAUGAUCUUUGUUCAUGAGUUGGAAACUGGAACAAGGGAACUUGAAGUCAAUGUUGCAAGUGGGGUUGUUAAGAUGUGUUCUAGCCUCUUUGCUGCUGGUAAGCUGUAUACAGCUGGGCUCUCUUAAUUGGAUCUGAGGACUUGUUUGGUCUUAUCCGCCUCCCCUUUAAUUUUUAAUCUCAGCUUUGAAUAUGUUGCCUAGAGAUUUAGUUUACUACCCAUUUUGGUUUGGGAGGAGGGCUGUACCUCGACAUUUGUUAGCUUUUCAAGGGGCUGUAACUAGACAUUUGUUAGCUUUUCAAUUAAAAAUGACACUUACUUCAUGUGGUAUGUCAUCUUUUUAUCAUCAUUGUUCCUACAUGGGGAAAGACACUACUUGCAUGUAAAAAGUAAUUUAAUCUUUAGCAUUAAAGUGUAUGGCAAAACUCAGAAAACAGACAUCCUGAAGUGCAAGAUGCUUUUCAAUAAAAAGUAAUGCAAUAGGUAGUAAACAGUU